ACGAGGAAAACGCGCUGACUCCACAGCGCGCGCGGGACAAUAUCAAACUUCAGAUUGGAACGAAAAUGACGUUAAUCCGACUCCUGCUUCUGACUGCGUUGCUAUGGCAAUGCUGCCUUGCCCAGCAGAGAGGUCUGUUCCCAGCUGUACUGAACCUGGCGUCGAUGGCAGACAUUGAAGCUAAUGCUACAUGUGGCUCGUUGGGCCCUGAGAUGUACUGUAAGCUGGUCGAGCACGUACCCGGUCAGCCUGUGAGAAACCCUCAGUGUCGAAUCUGCAACCAAAGGAGCACAAAACCAUUUGAGAAUCACCCCAUUGAAUAUGCUAUUGAUGGGACCAAUCGUUGGUGGCAGAGUCCCUCUAUCAAGAACGGGAUGGAGUAUCACUAUGUUACCAUCACUCUGGACUUAAAACAGGUCUUCCAGAUUGCCUAUGUGAUUGUAAAGGCAGCCAAUUCACCUCGCCCUGGUAACUGGAUCCUGGAGCGUUCAAUAGAUGGAGUGACCUUUGAACCCUGGCAGUACUACGCCAUCACAGAUACUGAGUGCCUGACCAGGUUCAACAUCAAUCCAAGGACAGGACCUCCAUCCUACACAAGAGACGAUGAAGUCAUCUGCACAUCUUUUUAUUCCAAGAUCCACCCACUGGAGAAUGGAGAGAUCCACACGUCACUGAUCAAUGGUCGUCCCAGUGCGGAUGACCCCUCCCCGACCCUGUUGAACUUUACCUCCGCCCGUUACAUCAGGCUAGUGUUUCAGCGAAUCAGAACUCUGAAUGCUGACCUGAUGACCCUCACCCUCAGAGACCCCAAAGACAUCGAUCCAAUAGUGACGAGACGGUACUACUACUCCAUUAAAGACAUCUCAGUUGGAGGGAUGUGUAUCUGCUAUGGCCAUGCCAAAGCCUGCCCACUCAACUCUGAGACUAAGAAGUUUAGCUGCGAGUGUGAACACAACACAUGUGGGGAGAGCUGUGAUCGUUGUUGCCCAGGUUACCACCAGCAGCCCUGGAUGGCGGGGACCUUCCACACUCGGCAUAUCUGUGAAAAGUGUAACUGUCACAGUAAAGCGGAGGAGUGCUACUUUAAUCAGACAGUAGCUGACCUCUCACUCAGCCUGGACAUCCACGGUCAGCACAGAGGAGGCGGAGUCUGUGUUGGUUGCCGGGACAACACAGCUGGAAUCAACUGUCAGACAUGCAUUGCAGGAUUUUACAGACCUGCAGGGGUGAACCCUGAGGAGGAGGACCCCUGUAUCCAAUGCUCAUGUGACCCACAGGGUUCUAUCAGCCAAGCAUGUGUUGCAGACUCAAGCCAGGCCACACCAAGCCAGCCAGCAGGGUCGUGCCGGUGUAAGGAGGGUUUUGGGGGUCUGCGAUGUGACAGGUGUGCCAAGGGUUAUAUGGGCUUCCCUUCCUGCCAACGUUGUAACUGCAGCGUUGAAGGAAGCACCAACGCUGACCCGUGCAUAACACCCUGUCUAUGCAAGGAAAAUGUGGAGGGAGAGAACUGUGACCGCUGUAAACUGGGGUUCUACAAUCUUCAGACAGACAAUCGACGAGGCUGUGAGAAGUGCUCCUGCAUGGGCGUGGCUAGUCAGUGCACGGCCUCUACAUGGACCUAUAAUAACGAGACGACCCUGACUGGCUGGCACCUGGUCGGAGACACCGGAGGGAGAGUGUGGUCUGUUCACCGACAGACUCCUCCAUAUCUGAGCGUUCGACACGCCGACGUGGUGAAUGAUCUUGGCUCGGCCUACUACUGGAAUGCACCUGGACUAUACCUGGGGAACAAGCUUACAGCCUAUGGAGGGAGUGUGGUGUACACUGUGUCUUAUUCUAUUGACCAACAACAGCAAAGAGCCAUCAGAGUCACCUCAGAACCUGAUGUGAUCAUUGAGGGAGGCGGGAUGAAGAUUAUUGACAGACCUUUUGGCCAGCCUGUGUAUCCAUCCUCACCAAGCACCAAUCAGAUUGUUCUCCUCCCGGAGAACUUCCUGGUUUCAGAGACUUUACAGCUGAUCAGUCGGAGGGAUUUCCUGACGGUGUUGGCCAAUGUGAGCAGAGUGAUGGUGCGGGCCUCUUACAGCACAGAGCCCAGUGCUGUGUACAGACUCCACUCAUUCUCGAUGCAGGUGGCUAAUCCCACAGCCAGAGGAGAGAAGAGAGCUUCAGCUGUAGAAAUCUGCUCCUGUCCUCCUGGAUAUGCAGGAACUUCCUGUGAGACUUGUAUUCCUGGUUUCCGGAGAGUUAACGGGAAUCUUUAUAAUGGAGUGUGUGAAGCCUGUGAUUGCCACGGCCAUGCUUCACAAUGUCAUGAAGUCACAGGACACUGCCUGGACUGCUUCCACCACACCACGGGCCCCCACUGUGACACCUGUCUACCUGGUUUCUACGGCAACGCCACUCGUGGGACACCUACGGACUGUCAGCGUUGCAGUUGCCCGCUGAGUCUCCCGAGCAACAAUUUCAGUCCCACCUGCCACCUGAGUGAAGAAGGAGAGCUGCGGUGCGACCAGUGUCAGCCUGGAUACACGGGGCCGAGAUGUGACAGAUGUUCCAACGGGUACUAUGGACAGCCCUCUGUUCCAGGUAGUACAUGCCAGCCCUGCAAUUGCCAUGGCAACCUUGACCUCUCCAUACCUGGCAGCUGUGAUCCCAUCACAGGCCAGUGUCUGCGCUGUCGCCAAGGAUACAGUGGCCCAGCUUGUGACAGUUGUGCUAAUGGUUACUACGGAGAUGCGAUCACAGCCAAAAACUGCCAACCCUGUCAGUGCCACACAAAUGGAUCUGUAUCUGAGGUCUGCAACAAGGAGAACGGACAGUGUGAAUGCAGAGAGAACGUGGUUGGACGACAGUGUGACGAGUGCAUGCCUAACUGCUGGUGGGAUGCAGAGCGUCAGGAGUGUGUGCCCUGUCGCUGCAGCCCUCAUGGCUCCAUCUCUCAGCGCUGCGACGUCGAAGGCCGCUGCAUCUGCCGCCCCGGCUUCGUGGGCCGAAGCUGUGACCUGCGCCGCCAAGGUUACGGGAGGCGGGAGACACGCAGGCCGGUAGAGCGUGUUCCCAUCGAGGCUGUGCAGCAGAGAUGGGGCGGACCUCCUCGUACAGGGGGUUGUCCAAGGGGGGCGUACAGGCCUAAGACAGGGUCUCAGACUCACGGCGUCACCACAGGAGGAGUGUGCGUCCCUUGUCACUGCAAUUCAUUUGGUUCCAAGUCAUUUGACUGCGAUGAGUCGGGUCAGUGUCGGUGUCAGCCGGGCGUCACUGGACCAAAAUGUGACCGCUGUGCCCGGGGGUUCUUCAACUUCCAGGAGGGUGGCUGCACACCAUGUGAGUGCUCUCAUCUGGGGAACAACUGUGACGCCAACACAGGGCAAUGCAUCUGUCCUCCAAACACCAUCGGAGAGAGAUGUGACCGCUGUGCUCCAAAUCACUGGGGUCAUGAUAUCAUGACUGGAUGCAAGGAGUGUGGCUGUAGUGUGGUCGGCUCAGUGACCCAGCAGUGUAACAUCAACACGGGCUGCUGCUUCUGCCGCGACUCGUUCAGAGGAGAGAAAUGCAAUGAAUGUCAGAUCGGAUACAGAGAUUUUCCUCAGUGCAUCCAGUGUGAGUGCAACAUUGCGGGAUCGGACAGCCAGACCUGCGACUUGGAGAGAGGAGUGUGUGCCUGUGCUGACCGGACAGGAAAGUGCAGCUGCAAGGUAAACGUGGAGGGACACAACUGCGACCGCUGUAAGCCAGACACGUUUGGGUUGUCUAUACGAAACCCGCUGGGCUGCAGCAAGUGUUACUGCUAUGGACUGACACGCUUCUGCACAGAGGCACAAGGACUCAUCAGGAUGUGGUUAACGCUGAAGCCUGAGCAGACAGUGCUCCCCCUGGUGGAUAAAUCCAACACUAAAGAGACAAGGAGAGGAGUGAGCUUCCAACAUCCUGAGAUCCUCGCUCAUACAGAACUGGUCACUUCGACUCUUUCUGAACCGUACUACUGGAGGCUGCCUGAGCAGUUCAGAGGCUCUAUGAUCACAGCAUAUGGUGGUCAGCUGAAAUAUGCAGUCUACUAUGAGGCUAGAGAAGAGACUGGUCCUUCCUCCUAUGAGCCUCAAGUCAUCAUCAAAGGCGGUCCUAACCAUAACAUCAUGAUUACACGCCACAUACCAGGAAUCCAGAUUGGUCAGCUGACCCGCCAUGAGAUCGACAUGACAGAGCAUGAGUGGAAGUACGCAGAUGGCCGGUCCAUGACUCGAGAGGACUUCAUGGAUGUUUUGUUCUAUGUGGACUACAUCCUAAUUAAGGCAUCGCAUGGCAACUUGAUGAGACACAGCCGAAUUUCAGAAAUCAGUCUGACAGUGGCUGAGGAAGGUACACCAACCAAAGAGAGUGAGACAGCACAUCAGAUAGAGAAGUGUGACUGUCCAAUUGGAUAUUCUGGACUCUCCUGUGAGGAGUGCGCUGCAGGUUUUUACCGUCUCCGUGCUGGCUCUCAUGCACCUGUUCCAGUGUCCAGUGUGCCCACCGCUGCCGGCAUGGGCAGCUGUGUUCAGUGCCAAUGCAGUGGGCACUCUUCCACCUGUGACCCUGAGACAUCCAUAUGCCAGAACUGUCAAGACAACACAGAGGGGGAUCGGUGUGAACGCUGCGCCCCGGGAUUCUACGGCGUGGUGCGAGGUUUCCAUGACGACUGCAAACCCUGCGCCUGUCCCCUCACCAACCCUGAGAACAAUUUCAGUCCAACCUGUGUAGCAGAGGGAUAUGAUGACUACAGAUGUACCGCAUGUCCGGAGGGAUACGAGGGCAAACACUGUGAGAGGUGUGCUACUGGUUACCAUGGUAACCCCCUGAUGCCAGGCGGCCGCUGCGAGGAGUGUAAGUGUUCCCCGUGGGGGUCGUUGCCUGGACCGUGUGACCCUGUCACAGGCCAAUGCCGCUGCAGGGUCGGGGCAACGGGAAGGUCAUGUGACCAGUGCAUGGACAGGCAUGUGUGUGGAGCCGCUGGGAUCAUCUCCUGUGAUGACGAGUGCUCAGGUCUGCUGAUCAGUGACAUGGACCGCCUAUAUCGCAUCAUCACUGAAGUCACCCUAACCACGCCCCUCCCACCUCCUUAUAAGGUGUUGUACCGCUUUGAGAACAUGACAGAGGAGCUCAAGCACAUGCUGUCACCUCAGAAAGCUCCGGAGAGAUUACUGCAGCUGGCUGACUCCAACCUGGGAUCACUGGUGGUUGAGAUGGACCAGCUACACAGCAGGGCCACUAAGGUGUCAGCAGACGGAGAGCAGGUGGAGGAUGAUGCUGACAGGAUUCAUAAACGGGCGGAGGACCUGGAGCAGUUCAUCAGGGACACACUGCUGGGAGCGAAAGACCUCCAGCUGAAGGCUGCCGAGCUGAACCAGACUCUCUCACGCAGAGACGGGGCUCCAGACAAAAGCCUGAAGGAGAUGAAGGAGGAGAUCCAGGCCAUGCUCGCUGAGAUGAGGAAACGACAGCUGGGAGGGAAGAAGAACAUCGCCGAGGAGGAGAUGGAGUUAGCGGAUGAGUUGUAUCAGAGAGUAAAGAGAUUAUUUGGUGACCCUCAUCAGGCUACAGAAGACCUGAAAGCAGAGAUAAAAGAGAAGCUCUCAGACCAUGACGGGAAGCUCAAGGAGGCACAGGAACUUCUCCACGCUGCUCAGGGGAAGACCAGGCAGGCCGGCUCACUGGGCGAGCAAAACCAGGCAAACCUCACAGCCCUUGAGAGGAAACGCUCUGCAGUGAGCUCAGUAAAACAAGAUGCCCAGGAUGUUCUUGCAGAAGGAGAACGUCUGCUGGAUGAAGCAAACCAACUCUCUGACAACAUCAACAAGGAGAUCGAGGACCUGGAGGGAAUGCAAAAGGAGCUGGGUCCUCUUCAUGACCAGCUGGAUGAAAAAGUCGGUCGCCUCACCAAGGGUCUGAGCGAUGGCAGCCUUGCCAAUGACGUCAGUGACGCAGAGGAACACGCCAAGCAGCUCAAUGAAUCUGCUGCCAUCUUGGAUGGUAUUUUGGCUGAAGCUAAAAAUUUGUCCUUCAAUGCCACAGCUGCCUUCAAUGCCUACAGCAACAUUAAAGCCAAUGUGGACGCAGCAGAGAAAGAAGCGAAGGCAGCCAAACAAAGGGCGAGUGAGGCUCUGGCACUGGCUUUAGGUCCAGAGGUCCCAAUAAAGGAAGCAGCUCAGGGCGCCCUGCAGAAGAGUAACAACCUGCUAGACCAAGCAAAACAGCUUGAAAAUGAUGUCAAAGAGAACGCAGAUAGUGUGGCCGGGCUGAAGGGCAGAGUUAAGGCAGCGAGAGACAAAACCAAAGACCUGCUGAAAGCCGUCAAUGGAACCAUGGCAACGCUCAACGCUAUUCCCAGUGACACAGCAGCAAAACUUGCAGCCACAAAAGAUGUGGCAGGAGAGGCUAAUGGCACAGCCAUAUAUGUCCUGGGGCGCCUUGGGGAUUUGAACCUGCAGCUCAACGGUCUGCAGAGGAACUACAGUGAGCUGGAGGACACCGUCAACGCGGCCAAUACAAUGAUCCAGGACCCCGAGAAAAACACCAUCAUCCACGCUGCCGGCGCUAAAGUGAAGGAUUUAGAGGAUGAAGCUGAUAGGCUGUUGGAGAAGCUGCAGCCAAUCAAAAAGCUGCAGGACAAUCUGAGGAGAAACAUCUCUCAAAUCAAAGAGCUGAUCAAUCAAGCCAGGAAACAAGCCAACUCAAUCAAAGUGUCAGUGUCAUCAGGUGGUGACUGUCUCCGUAGUUACCGCCCCGACAUCAGGAAAGGCAGAUACAACACCAUCAUCCUCCAUGUCAAAACCACCACACCCGAUAACCUGCUCUUCUACCUGGGAUCAGCCAAAUAUGUUGAUUUCCUGGCCUUAGAGAUGCGUAAGGGGAAGGUGAAUUUCCUCUGGGAUGUGGGUUCAGGUGUCGGCAGGGUUGAAUAUCCCCAUCACACCAUCCAUGACGGAAGCUGGCACAGAAUUGAGGCGUCUCGUAAUGGCUUGAAUGGCACCAUAUCAGUGUAUCCUCUGGAAGGACCCAUGGCGGGUAUGAUGCCGACCCCAGCCAGCGCAAACUCACCCACAGCCUUCACCAUCCUGGAUGUGGAUCAGAACGCAUACCUGUUUGUGGGAGGGAUACUCGGCACAGUCAAGAAAGCAGAUGCAGUGAGAGCAGACACAUUCACAGGCUGCAUGGGGGAAACCUUCUUGGAUGGGAAACCUAUCGGACUGUGGAACUACAGAGAGAGGCAGGGAGACUGUAAAGGAUGUGUUGUCAGCCCUCAACGUUCAGACCAUGAGGGAACAGUCCAGCUUGAUGGUGAAGGCUAUGCCGCAGUGGGACGACCCACUAGGUGGAACCCAAACAUUUCCACAGUGACCUUUAAAUUCCGGACGUUCUCCUCUGAUGCUCUUCUCAUGUAUUUGGCUACUGAAGAUAUGAAGGACUUCAUGUCCCUGGAGCUGUCUCAGGGUAGGGUGAAGGUGAACUUUGACCUCGGGUCAGGCGUCGGCAGCGCCAUAUCAGAGAACCGCCACAAUGAUGGACACUGGAAAUCCCUUACUAUGUCCCGGAACAAGAAACAAGCCACGGUUACAGUAGUGGACAUUGACAGCAGUGUCGAGGAGAGGAUUGUGACCACGUCUCAGGGUUCAGCUACUGGUCUGAACCUCAGAGAAAACCAGAAGAUUUACUUUGGAGGACUGCCGACCAUUGGAAACUACAGCAUGAAGGCCAGGCCAGAGGUCACUCUGAAAAGAUAUGCUGGCUGUCUGCAGGACAUUGAAGUCUCCAGGACUCCUUAUAAUCUCCUCAGCAGUUCAGAUUAUACGGGGGUCACCAAAGGAUGUAAUGUAGAGAAUCUUUACACAGUGAGUUUCUCCAAGCCCGGGUUCAUGGAGCUCAGUGGAAUGUCACUGGCUGUCGGUACAGAGAUCAGCCUGUCGUUCAGUACUCUCACAGACACAGGGACCAUUCUGCUGGCAGUGGGCGGAGCUUCACCAGUAAGCCAACAGGUGCUGAGCUCCAAGCGAAGACGCAGACAAUCUGGAGAGCCAUACCUCUCUGUCAUGCUGAACAAAGGCUCCCUGGAGGUCCUCAUGUUUACUGGCAGCCACAGCCCACGUCGAAUCAUCAGAAGGCCUGAGCAGGGCAUACUGCAUGAUGGGAGAGAGCACUCGCUACGUAUAGAGAGGCUGCCGGGCAGAUCUUUUGCGGUUCAGGUGGACGAGGAGCCAAAGAGGGAGGCAGCGCUUCCUAACGACCAGCCAAUCAGCCUUCAGAGGAUCUUCCUGGGCGGUAUUCCUGCAGAAGUGGAGCAGACGUCCAAUAGAGCUAACAUUCCAUUCCAGGGAUGUAUAUGGAAUCUCAUGAUCAAUACAAUCCUCUCAGAUUUUUCCCAGCCUGUGUCCUUUGAGAAUGCUGAAAUUGGUCAGUGCCCCAACCUUGCUCCACCUCCACCUCCACUUCCACUGCCUGUAGAAGAGGAGGAGCCCGAGAAGGAAAAGGAGGAGACAAAGCCACUCAGGCCUCCACCUACACCAGCCCCUGUUGCACCACCUACAGGGUCUCCAGCUGAGACCACACCCCCUGCUGCACCUGUUGCCCCACCUACUACUGCUGCCGCCCCGCCUACUGCUCAGGAGCCUGACGCUGAUGUGGAUUCAUGUGCAUCAGCUGUGGCCUCGACAGCACUUGAGAAGGCCUAUCAGUUCGGACUGACCAAGAACAGCCACAUGAGCUUCGCUUUUGAUGACACCAAAGUCAGAGAGAGGCUGAUAUUGGAGUUUGAGCUUAGGACGACAGAGGAUUCUGGUCUUGUCCUCUACAUGGCGAGAAUCAACCACGCUGAUUUUGUGUCCAUACAGAUUAAGAACGGACAGGUCUGUCUGGGUUAUGACCUCGGCCAUGGAAACACAUCUGCUUGCGUCCCCUUCUCCAUUAACGAUGGAAACUGGCACAAGAUCCGUGUGAGUCGAGUCAAACAGAGAGGCCUACUGCUGGUCGACGGGAAAUACAGUAAACAGAUGACAAGCCCAAAGAAGGCUGAUCUGUUGGACGUGGUGGGAAUUGUAUAUGUCGGUGGAUUACCGCAAAACUACACCACCAAGAGAAUAGGACCGAUCCUUUACAGUAUUAAUGGAUGUAUCCGUAACUUAAAGAUGGUGGGAGGUCCUGUUAGCACUAAAGCUCCUGGUACAGGUCGUACUGAAAAUGUCAUCGAAGACUUUAGACUGAACAUGGCUGCGCCCUUCUCCAGUCACAUGGUAGGAAGAUGCUUUGUUGCUACGGAGGCGGGCACCUUUUUUGAUGGCACGGGCUACCUGAAAGCAGUUUCUUCUUACAGAGUGGGUCUUGACGUGUCCAUAGCACUAGAGUUCAGAACCAGUAAAACCAGUGGAGUCCUUUUGGCCGUCAGUAACCAAGCCAGCGAUGGGUUGGGAUUGGAGAUCGUCCAGGGCAAGCUUCUCUUCCACGUUGACAACGGAGCUGGACGAAUCACAGCUGAGCACAUGCCUGAAGGGGAGGGCUUCUGUGACAGCCAGUGGCACUCCGUCAUCGCUAAAAAGCUUCGCCACAGGUUGGAGCUGGUGGUCGACGGGCAGACGAGCAAAGCAGAGAGCCCUAAUGCUCGCUCCAACACGUGUGACACCAACGACCCCAUCUAUGUUGGAGGAUAUCCUGACGGAGUUCGUCAGGCAGCUCUGUCCAGCAGCUCUUCCUUCAGAGGUUGCAUGAAGAACCUGAAGAUCACAAAGGCCUCUAAGGUCAUGGAUGUUCAGUUCAACAAAGCUCUGGAGAUCAAAGGAGUCCAGCCUCUGUCCUGUCCUGCUGUAGCUGCCUAACCAGUGCCAAAGAGCCUCUAAUGUGCCGUUUCUUUAAUACGGUAGUACAAAUCUGCACUUAAGUUUAAUGAGAAGUUUCAAGAAAUAAUGAUCAGUUUCUUUGUAAUGGAAUCACACAAAGUAAAUAACCUAAAGUCAUUCAAAUCAGUGAGAUCAAGUUUUCUGCCAGAUGUGAUUACUGACAAAAACCUAACAGUUUAUCAUGUGAUGAUAUUAAUGACUGAAGAAAGAAAGACCUGAAAACAUCUGUUUCAUUCCUACUGGUGUGUAAGUUACCAGGUGAAGGUUUCAAAGUGCAAGAACAACACUCUUACACUCUUUUUUGCCAUCAGUUUCCACUCAUAUGUUCAGGAUGAAAACCUCACUUGGUUUACUAUGAAAGCCCAAAGGGAACAUCAAAUUAUACAUUUUGUUUCUAAAAAUUUGGGUUGUUUUCUCAAGAUUUUGGCUUAUUUAUUUAAUGUGUUGUCUUUGUAUAACGGUGCUGGUUUUGCCAUGAUAAUGUCAAAUGUUUUCUUAAGGUCAUGAGAAAUUAACACAUGGGAUACCUCUUUUUCUGACCAAAUACAAGGACUCAUAUUUGAGUGCUCACAGAGUACAAAUAUAAACACCUGUUAAUAACCACUACAAUUCUUAAAAUUAUUUUGAAAGUUUGUUCUAUUAUCAUGUUCCUAUGCCCCUCUCUUAACAAAUUAGUAGUGCAUAUUUUGCAGUGUGUUCUAUUUUUUAUCAUGAUCAUUUAAACACUUCAAAACUGCAGAUAGAGCUUGAACUUUGCCUACAUGCUCAUCAUGAGUGGCAAACAUCAUGCCAUAAACUGAUAUUGAGUAAAGUACUGGUAUUAAGUACAAGUGUGACUUCUUAGACUUUGGUUCAGUUCCAUUUCUAACUUUAGGCUAUUUUGACUUCUUUAGGAGGGCUGGAUCACCCCUGAAUUUCACUUGCCACCCUUAAAAUAAUCAAAACAGGGGCAAGAGUUCAAACUGAUUUUUUUUUACAUCUGGUAUAAAUUUUGCAAAUAUCUUUAUUUUAUAAAAUGAUGGAAAUAGCCAAAAAUCCCUGAAGUAAAAAAUGAACUCUUUUUUAUGAGAUGAUUAUUUUCAGUCAUGCUAAGAUAAUUAUUUAAUUUAGAGAAUUCAUAGUGCCCUUAAGGACAAGUUCUGCAUACAGAUGUUUGAUUUAACAGUAAAGGGCAUAAGCAUAAAGAUAUGGAGGAUUAAACACUUGGUAGAGCUUAGCACCCCUAAGGUCUGAUGCUACAAUCACCCCUGCUCUUAGUGCUUGUUUUCAAGGUCCUCUUAAAAAAAAUCAGUUACAAACUGUAAUGGCUUAAACCCAUCCAUCCAUCCAUCUUCUAUACUGCUCGCGGGGGAGCUGGAGCCUAUCCCAGCUGUCAUUGGGUAAGAGGCAGGGUACACCCUGGACUGGUCGCCAGUCAAUCGCAGGGCUGACAUACAGAGCCAGACAACCAGGCACAUUCACAUUCACGGCCAAGUCACCAGUCAACUUCAUGAGCAUGUUUUUGGUGGUGGGAGAAGGCCCUGUUACAAAAUGGGACCACCCUUCAAGUUCAUGAUGUAUCAUCAGUAGCCUGCAAGGUUUUUAUGUAAACAGAUGAGACAAUGUUGCCCGAAGUUUCUACCACAAUUGGAUGUCCAAAUGCUUUGAGAAAUAGAAGGAUCAUAGUGCACUGAAACAACUUCAGAUUAAGAGAUUGGAUGGUUGUUGUAAUUUACAAAUCAUAUUUACAGUUUACUAACAUUUUAACAUUUUUUUGAUAGCCAUCUUGCCCAUGAUUAGCAAGGCUAAUAUCCCUAGAUGUGAAUGCACAAAACAGGGGCAGGGCAAGGGGUAUAUUGGGACUGAGCCUUGGUACCAGCACUGAUACCAGCACCGUAUGGCAUUGAGACAGCAUGUUGGAUAAGAAAGCACCCAACAUUACUAACACAUUAUGAAUUAAAAUGGAAUAGAAUCAAAUGUACUGAUAAAUGUCUGCUUAGGGCUUCCACAAUGUACCGUCCAAUGUUCUGACCACUAAAUAUAUACUAGUGAUAAAGUGUUUUAAACUGUCUCAUACUGUUGUUUGUUCACGAGUGAAGUUUAAAGUAUUAAGACCUGUAAACUUGAUACAGGUGUUAACAGUAUUAAUGCUAGCAAGACUUUAAGAAUAUGUGAUUGUGUGAACAUAAAAUCUAAUUCAGCAAAGAGUGUAAUGUGUCCUUCAGUUACACUGGACUGUUAAGAGCAAUAGUGUUAUAAAUCAUUGUUCAUAAAGAUCUAGUCAUUACCUUGUUUCACCAUUGAGAGUGCUUACAUGGACUUGAGUAUCUAUCUAGUUUUAGUCAUAUUCUGGAUAUAAUGUUGACAUGCACCGAGACCAGUAUCCUGGUUUCUGAUCAGGUUAUCUUAUUGCGCAGGCGCCUUGAUUUUUUAUACAACAAAAAAGAUGCAGAUUUAGUGUGUAUCCACCUCAUUUCCAGCUGUGGCAGAAGAGCGCAAUAACAAAUAUAAAACAUGCCCUUCUCUUUGGUUGGUGUCAGCCUGUCAAUGCCACUGCAUAGGACGGACAAGGGAACAAUAGGGGAAGAUACACAGCCAUAACUGGAUAGACAGGGUCUCCUAUCUAAUCUUCAAGUUAUAUUUAUUUCUCUCAUUCACAAGAGGCAAAACUCUGUUUCUUUGUCGCCCAAGAAAUAGGCCUUCGUGUUGCUGCUGUUUUUCUGAUCUGUCAGCUAGCUGAGGCAGCAUGUCAGAAGACAGGAGAAGGUGUAUAUUCCACAGCAUCCAGUUUUCUUUCAGAGUUCUUCAGAAAGCUUACUUAGGUUUCUCAAAGCUGAGAUGAUGUAAAACCAAACAGCGACAGCAAAACCAAGUCCAUGUAAACACACUCAUGAAUAAUGAAGCUAGCCUUCAUUUAAAUCCUUUGUACCCAGGUUUUUUUCUACAAGUAACUGAAACUUUUUACACUGUUUUAUACACAUCUGAAUCCAUGAAAUCUGUGUGUAAUUUUGAUGUACUGAUUCUACAACAAACAUCCUGAUGAGACCAAUUUUAACAGAGUUUGGGUGCAAUAUUCUUAACACUUGACAGGAUGGGGAAGUUUGACACAAUCCACAGCUUUUUAGAAUUCAGUGAUGUUGAAAUAAAAAGUACAAUGUUUCUGCAGGAUGGCAGUGUACGGUGCAUGGUGUGUCUUAAAUACAUAAGCAGCUGUUUGUAAAAUAUAUUCUUAAUAGCAUCUCA